AUGGACAUGGAGAGGUACCUAUGGGAGAGCACUGCGGGACCCAACAUCACAAACUGCACAGAUUCACCAACCAGCAGCCUCCAGGCAGUCCACUUCACAGACGGGAUGGCAGUGGUGGUGGUGGUUCUCGGGCUCCUCACGCUCCUCACCGCGUUCGUCAACGGUGCCGUCAUCAUCGCUAUCUGCACCACCAAGAAGCUCCACCUGCCCGCCAACUACCUCAUCUGCUCCCUGGCCGUCACUGACUUCCUGGUGGCGGUUCUCGUGAUGCCCAUCAGCAUCCUCUACAUCUCGUUGGAGUCGUGGUCCCUUGGUCAGGUGGUAUGUGAGUUGUGGUUGAGCGUCGACAUGACCUGCUGCACCUGUUCUAUCUUGCACCUGUGUGUCAUCGCCCUGGACCGGUACUGGGCCAUCACCAAAGCUAUCGAGUAUGCCCGAAAGAGGUCGCCCCGUCGUGCUGCCAUCAUGGUUGGAAUAGUGUGGGUCAUCUCAAUUUUUAUAUCCAUGCCACCCUUAUUCUGGAGACAAAGGCCUAGCAGCAACAGCAGCAACCAGCAAUGCAUCAUAGAGCAUGACCACCUGGGCUACACUAUCUAUUCAACUAUGGGGGCAUUUUACAUCCCAAUGAUCAUCAUCCUCAUCUUAUACUACAGGAUUUACAAUGCUGCCAAGACUCUUUAUCAAAAACGUGGCUCAUCGCGACACCUCAGCAGUCGCAGCAUGGGGAGUCAGAACUCUGUAGACCAUUGCCGGGUGUCCCACACAUUUUGCGUUUCAGACUUGUCCAACUCAGACCUAACUACCGACAAACUCAAUGCCACCAUCCGCAUGCCGUCCUUCGAGACAGACCUGGACGGGCAAGAUGAGAAGAACCAGAUAUGUACCUCACGCGAGAGGAAAGCAGCGCGAAUCCUCGGCCUCAUCCUCGGGGCCUUCAUCGUCUGCUGGCUGCCUUUCUUUUUAAAGGAAGUCCUGGUGGGUCUGCAGGUUUUACAGCCAUCUCAGUUUACCUCGGACUUCCUGACUUGGCUAGGUUACAUCAAUUCUCUCAUCAACCCCCUGUUGUACACAAGCUUUAAUGACGAUUUCAAGCUGGCUUUUAAAAAGAUUCUCAAACGAAAAGAGCAUGCAUAG